AUGUCGUCGGCAGUUCCCAAGAACGAGACGUAUGAACAGUUCCGAGGAAGAUUCGAUGGAGCCAUCAUCACUACCUAUGCCUUUGCCAUGGUGGUUGUGCCACUCAAGAUCUGGUGUCGGAAGAGAGCAGGCGGUUGGUCCAACAUGGGUUGGGAUGAAAUCUUCACUUUGCUGGGCGCAGCUUUUGUGACGAGUACCUUUGCGGUCAUCUAUACAGCUGUUCGACCAUUGCUCGGGAAGAAGUUUGUGGAUGUUGCACAGUCUCCGGAGGACAUGGCCAAGCUUCCAAAAUUCGCGCUUUAUCUCUGGCUUGCGAAUCUGCUGUACACACCAAGUGUUAUGUUCUUGAAGCUCUCCAUAGUGGCGCUCUAUUGGAGACUGUUCGGUUUGACUAAUAAAGCCCGCAUCCCACUUUUGCUCCUGGGUGGGGUUAUCAUCGCAUGGGGUAUCACAAUUGCAUUGAUAGUCAUAUUCAAUUGCGACCCGAUAGCUGGGAGUUGGGACCUUACCCUCGCCGCCACCGCCAAAUGCGUGGACAAGAAAUCAUUCUACGUCGGCGGAAGCGUCCCCAACGUCAUCACCGACCUCGUCCUUGUCAUCAUGCCCCUUCCGUACGUCUGGAGGCUGCAUGCUUCCCUCGCACAGCGUAUCGUCCUAGGUGGCAUAUUCGCGCUCGGAACCUUUGUCUCAAUCGUGUCAAUGAUACGAUUGUCAGUACUCUUGGACACUGCGAGCGGCACAUUCGAUGUGACGUACACCUACAAAGAUGUCUACCUGUGGAGCUUGGUUGAGAUCAACGUCGGCCUGACCUGCGCAUGCUUGCCAAGCUUGCGACCCAUUGUGAGAGUUAUCGGACUCAAACGGCUGUUCUCUAGUGGUCGCUCGCGCCCAUCGGACAUGAGGACACCUGAUGCUUCUCAUGGAUUGAGUGGCAACGUCAGCGGACACAUGAGUUCGCGGAAGAAGCCCAAGGGAAUGUUUUCGCAGCUUGAGGACGAUGACGAGUUCGAGAUGAUCCCGGAGCAGAAGAUGAAGGGGGGCGCAUGGGUGGGGGCAUCACAGUCACGAGUGAGUCAUGAUACUGAUCGAACAUCAAAUGGGUCUACAGACUCGCGGAAACAAACCGGGCUCGGUGCCAUAACGGUACAGCGAGACUUUGAGGUUUCCUCCAACCAACCGUGA